AUGCUAGAGGACGACAUAUACCGGACAUCGACGCAAUACCGCCUCUGGUCUUUCACGGAAGACUCCCUCCGGACAAUCAGAGCGAAUACAAAUGCUCUUGCAAGCGAGCGUGUCCGCGCCGCCGUCCGUCGUCUCAGAGAAGCUCGACAACAGUCGACAGCAACUCCCACCCCGGAGCAAGGCACGCCAAAUCCCAACCCCAGCGAUGGCGAGAGAGCUGCUACUCCCGCUCAGACGGCGACUGGAGGCGAGCAGGAGGUAGAAUGCCUCACUCCGGAUGAGGAGUUUGAGCUGGUGCAAUACUAUUGCGAGAAAACCAUGGAGCUAGGCGAUGAAUAUAAACCGCCACUGCCCACGACAGUAAGGGCGACGGCGAUUCAGUACCUUCGACGAUUCUACCUUACAAAUUCCCCAAUGACCUACCACCCGAAAUCCAUUAUGCCGUGCGCCUUGUUCCUUGCUACCAAAACGGAUAACUUCUAUAUGUCACUUCGCUCUUUUACAGAACACAUACCCAAGAUGUCGAUGGAAGAUAUUAUUGCUCCCGAGUUUCUACUCACCCAGGGUCUGCGGUUUACUUUUGACGUGCGGCAUCCGUUCCGUGGACUAGAGGGAGGGAUGAUGGAGUUGAAUGCGAUUGCGAAGGGAGAAGCUACACCAGGGCCUCAUCAUCCUGGACUCACUGUACCUGGGUUGCAGAAAGCAAUACAAUCACUUGCGCCGCCGCCUCCUUCGAUAGCAGGGCCAGUGCCGGCCACACCACUCUCCACGCGAUUAGCAAAGGUACAUCAUAAUACGCGAGAGAUUCUCAAACAUUCUGCGCAAAUGACAGACGUCUACUUCCUCUACACCCCCUCUCAAAUAUGGCUUUCUGCAUUACUCAUUGCCGACAAACCCCUUGCCGAAUUCUAUCUGGAGACCAAACUAGGACCGCCAGCUCCCUCAUCAACCCCUGCUUCAACUUCACCUUCAGCCAUGCUAUCCGCCCUACACGCUAAAUUAAUUCCUAUCCUUCAGUCCUGCUGCGCACUCCUAGCCCCCUAUAUUCAAAAUAACGGAUCCUCAGGCACCGCCCCUGGCCCAAGGCUACGGCAAAUUGGCAGAAAGCUAUAUCACUGCCAGAACCCUGAGAGAAAAGACCUUACUGCUUUGAACAAGUUGCAGAAACAAGGCGGUUCAGCAAUACAAACUGGCACGAAUACUCCGUCAGAAUCCGCUGCGGCUCCUGCCAUUCCUAGCAUCGGCGGUGGUGGCGGCGACGAGCAAGGUUUAGAGAAUGAUAUAGACCGGGCGGCUAAGAAGCGCAAAUUAGAGCGUGAGAAGUUCCAGGGAGAGAAGGAUUCUCUAUUUGGCGGGGAAUUAAGGAAGUGA